UCUUGGGAUGCUAACAACGAACAAGUUAUUGUUUUAAAAUGUUAUUAUUAAAAAAAAUUGACGUUUACUUGUUACCACUAUGCAUAUUUCUCUUUGUUAGUCUUGGUGUAACUGCAGGUCAACUAGUGCGAAUUAAACAUGAAAAACACAGGAAACAAGGUGAUCAAGUAUGCCGCCAAGACAUGGAAUGUGUUUCUAAGUCUGAAUACUGUGAUAUUAAUUUGGAACCACAAAACCAGCAAAAAUGUAGUUUUGGAAAUGAAUUACAAAUGGGUUUUUGCUGUCCUAUCAAUAAAGUUAUUCGACUAAAUACAGAAAGAAGAAUCUUAAAUGAUGAUGAUGAAUCAAACUUAGAUAAAAUUCUAAAUAUACCGUUACCAGAGCCUAUUAAACCGUUACCAGAAGAACCGGAGUGUGGACAAAACAUUAAGUCUUUACCCAACAUCUUAAAUGUGCAAAAUGCAAAAGCCAAUGAUUGGCCAUGGAUGGCGGUAUUUUUAGAGACGACAAACUAUAUGAAUUUCUGCGGUGGAGUAUUGCUUAAUCGACGAUUUGUGUUGACUGCUGCUCAUUGUCUUAAAAAAUUUACGAAACAAGAUUUUGUUGUUAGACUCGGUGAAUACGAUUUCACUACUAACAACGAGACACAAUACAUUGACUACAGAGUAACAGAUAUUAGAUUACACCCAGACUAUGAUCAAGCUACACAUGCCAAUGACAUUGCUAUAGUGAGGUUAAACAGACCUACAAUUUACAAUUCGUUUAUUCGACCAAUUUGUUUACCUAAAACAAAUAUGGAAGUGUAUAAAAAAAACGCUGUCGUAGCCGGUUGGGGUCGAACAGUUUUCGCCGGUGAAGUCAGUAACGUGCUUCAAGAAGUAGUUAUACCGAUUUGGGAGCAUGACCAGUGCGUUUCAGCUUUUUCACAACCAAUUUUCAAAACAAAUCUUUGUGCUGCGUCGUACGAAGGAGGCAAAGAUUCCUGUUUAGGUGAUUCCGGCGGUCCACUAUUGAUGCAAAGACAUGACGGAAGAUGGACUAAUGUUGGAAUAGUGUCUUGGGGCAUUAGUUGUGGAGAAUUAGGAAUACCCGGUGUUUACACAAAAGUAACUUCAUAUCUCAAAUGGAUAGCUGUGAACGCACAAGAUGUCAUUUAACGAAAAGUCCUGUUACGUUAGCGAUAUUUUAUAAAUUAAUUUUAUUUAUUUUAGCUUUCGAUCUAUAAUUAGCCAUGACAUUUAUAUCAAAACAAUUGAAUAAUAAUUGAAAUAUGUGAAAUGUGAAUAUAUCUUAAUACCUU